AUGACAUUCUUCCUCAAAACCAUGAUCAGUGGGAAAUUAAAAGAUCUUGGAGGUGGAGGAGGAGGAGGAGGAGGAGGAGGAGGAGAAGAGGAGAAAGCAGCGGAGGGAGAUGGAAAGCCAACUCCGCAAAGCACUGGAAUGACCAGGGAAGAGUUUGAGGAAUAUCAGCGGCAACUUUUGGAAGAAAAAAUGGAACGAGACAACGCAUUUACCCAAAGAAAAGCAGAAAGGGCAACAGUUCGACUGCACAUGAGGGAGAAAUACCGUCUACCACAGAACGACAAGGAUGAGAGUCAGCUGCAGAUGGCAGGGGGCGAGGUAGACCUGCCUGAGGAACUGGCAAAGAUGGUGCAACAGGAUGAAGAAGAAGAAGAAGCUAACAAUUCAUUCCUAGGGACUAUUCAAAACAUGGACUUCGACACCCUCAAGGUUAAGGCCCAGGAAACGUUCACUGAGAUGAAACAGACAGCUGAGGAGAAAUGUUCUGUGAUGUAA